AUGGCUCCUUCUCCCGGCUGGCUCGGCUUCGUUGUCCUUGCUUCUGCCCUGAAUCCCAUGGCACUGAACUUUGGUCAUUCCACAUCCUGUCGUUGUCGCGGAACUCCUUCAGCUGGGCUUCUUCCCACCUUGGGUCGCCACGAGCGUCGGCGCCUCACCCACGCGCUCAACCAGACUUGGGCCUCUCCGGCACCGGCUCUUCUUGGCUUUGGGCUCUGGCGUCGCCCGUCGUACCCCUGCUUUCCGUGCAGGGCUAGCAGACACCUUCACCCAAAGCAGCGGGGCACCUGGGACCGGCGCCUGCAGCGUCGAUGCGGCUUUGCCGGCGUCCGGGUGGGGGAGAUCCCACCCAACCCUGGCUCUGAUCCUGAUUCACUCGCAAUGGAAGUAGAUGGGGGUCAGCCAGCUCUGUCUCGAGUCUUCUGCCCCGUUGCUGGCUGCCCCCAUGCAGACUCCAGCCCAAGGCCGCACUCGCUGUCUGGCUUGUGGCCUCAGCGUGUCAGUCCGACACGGGGUCCACCCGACUUGUCACCCCGCACUCCGGGCCGCCAUCAGCUACCCACUUUCCGGGAAAUUCAGCAAGGCGCCACGCCAACUCUCCGCCAUGUGCCGCGCAGUGCCCGCCACUUGUGGAUCCAGACCCUGGCACGAGCCCUUGCCGCCGUCGUGCACCACAACGGCGAGCAGUCCUGGAAGGAACUCCUGAUGCUGCCUCGCUGUGUCCUCGGCGUCCCAGCCCGUGGCGGCCGCAAGCAUGCCAAAGCCAGCGCUGCCUAUACCUUGGACCGCCUCCACCAGUGGCAGCAGGGCGAAAGGCACAGCCUGUGGAACUCGCGUGGGCAACUCCCCGGCUCCGGGCGCAACAAACCAUUGGCUGCACAGGAACGGCGGACCUUGGCCACAUCCCUGACUCGGGAAGGGUUCGACCGGAAAGCUUGCAACGCCCUGCUUUCACAGGGUCUUUGUCCUCAGACUGCUGAAACGGCGCAGGCACUUCAAGCCCUUCAUCCAGCACAACCUCCGCCCACCACUCCUGACGUGGCAGCUCAACCCGUGGCCGCGGUCUUGGUGCCUGAGGCGAUUGCACGGCGACGGGCUUUGAGAAGCUUCCCGUCCGACACUGCUGCCGGCCCUUCUGGCCUUCGUGUUCAGCAUCUUCGGGAAGCGUGUGCGGCUGGCUCCACCGAAGCUUUGCUGCAGCAACUUUGUGGGGUGGUGAGCCUGUUGGCGCAAGGCCAAGCUUGCCCUGCAGUUGCGCCUAGUUUAGCUGGUGCCAGCCUGGUUGCGCUCCCCAAGCCCACUGGCGGCGUCCGGCCCAUUGCUGUUGGCGAAAUCUUGCGGCGCUUGACUGCAAAGUGUUUGAUGGAAGCUGUGCGCGAUGAUGCGCGGCAACACUUUGCUCCUGUGCAGCUUGGGGUUGCGAUUCCCGGCGGAGCCGAAGCGGCGGUCCACACCGCUAGAGCUUGGUACGACCGCAACAAAGGGCAACCAGGCAAAGUGCUGGUGAAACUGGACUUCAAGAAUGCCUUCAACUUGGUGUCUCGGCAGGCUGUGCUGGACGCUGCGGCUGCUCGCUUUCCUGCUCUGACUCGUUGGGUGGCGUGGUGCUAUAAGCAGCCUUCAGAGCUCCAUUUUGGAAGUGCACACCUGCUUUGCGCAGGUGGGGUCCAGCAAGGCGACCCUUUGGGGCCACUGCUUGUCGCCGGUGCUUUGCAUUCCCUGGCGCUCGAACUCCGGCAGGGGCCGCUGGACAUGGCUUUCUUCUACCUCGAUGAUGGCGUGGUAGCUGGUGAUGCUGCGGCUGUCGGCGCUGCCUUAGCUCACAUCCAAGCUCAGUCAGCGAAUCUUGGGCUGCAUCUCAACUUGGACAAGUCUGAAGUCAUCAGCCUCGGUGCGACUAGCCACCCAGCCCUUGCGGCUCACCUUCCGCCGGCUUUGCUCGCAAAUAGCCAGGGCCAGAGCCGGGUCCAGACCAACUUCGAACUUCUCGGGGCUGCAGUGGGUGAGGAUGCUUUUGUCGGCCUCCGCUUGCUUCGCUCCAGUGGCGGCCAUUGCCGACUGGUCCACAGCAUGCGGUGCACGCCGCCGGCUGCCCAGCUUGACAGCUUCAAGGCUUUUGACCAAGGAGUACGUGCUUGCUUUAGCAGCUUGACGGGCCUGCACCCCACAGAUGCACAAUGGCAGCAAGCUGCUCGGGGAUUUGACCAGGCUGGGCUGGGGCUGCGCUCUACCCACUCGGAUGGGCCAGCCGCCUACUUAGCCUCUCUUGGCAAAAGCCGCACCUUAUGUGGCCAGCUUGCUCCCAGCUUCUCGAACGCGGAAACCCUGGCAUCAUCACAUGCAGCAGCUGCUUUACACCUCUACAAUGGUCACCUUCCAGCUGCUCAGCAAGCCACUUUGCUCACAAGCUUGGGCCAACAACAGAAGCAACUCACCAAAGUACUGGAUGCUGUUGGCUGGGAAGCCCAACUUUCGGCUUCUUCUCUGACUGGAAGGGCCCUCCUCCUCUCCGAAGCUGCUCCUGGGGCACGGGCGUUCCUGGCUGCUCGCAUGGCCAGCUCUGCCUGGAGCCAGCUGUUUUUGUCACGGAGCUGCGCCAUCGCCUUGGCAUCCCUGACGCUGGUGACGAUGCGUGGUGCCCCCAGUGCAAUGGCAUUCUGGACCGCUUUUCCCUCCAUGCUGGUACUUGUUCGGCAGGUGGGGAACGUACGUUGCGGCACCAUGCUCUCCGUGACACUUAUCUACAAGUGGGCUGAGAGGGCAGGUUUGCAACCAGAACGGGAGAAGCCUGGUUUGCUCCCAGCGCCCAGAAGAAACCGGCCUUGGGCGGCGCCGGCCCGCCGAUGUCUUCGUUCCUAG